AUGGCAUCGCCUACCAACGCCCAGGCACCCAUCCAGCCCCACACCGCUCACCAAACAUCUCCCAUCGUUCCGUCGCAACCUCACUAUCAGCAAGCACAAAAUGGCCCCGGCGCGGUUCAUCAACAAAUGAACUUCCCCCAGGGUUAUGGUGUCCCUGCCGCGAUGCCUCAGGGCUACGGUAUCUCACCGACGCAGGCAGCCGCGAUGGCUACCGCGGCUGCGUCGGGCCAGUUCUAUCCCCUUCACCAAGACUCCAUGGGUGGCCAGAUGACACAGGGAUCCCGAGCGUCGCCGCGCAUGGCGAACAUGCAAAUGAAACAUGACCGCGACCCCCGCUCGCCAUCGCAGAUGCAAAAUCAGAUGCCCCCGAUGGGAUCUCAGGUUCAGAUGCCACCUAACCAGCAACUCCCACAACGUCGGAUGAGCCACGCCGGAAGCCCCAAUGUCCAGAAUGCACAGGCCGGAAUGAGUCAAGUCGGACGACCCCCGAUCGCCGCCCCAAUGGCCCAGCCAUCGGUACAACAGAACCAGCCCUCGCCGGAUAUGGUUCCCGGAAGCAACCAAGAGGAGUCGCCGCUGUACGUCAAUGCCAAGCAGUUCCACCGAAUUCUGAAGCGUCGCGUAGCGCGGCAAAAGCUUGAGGAGCAGCUGCGGUUGACCUCCAAGGGCCGCAAGCCUUACCUGCACGAGUCAAGACACAACCAUGCCAUGCGAAGACCUCGUGGACCUGGUGGGCGAUUCCUGACGGCUGAUGAAGUGGCUGCUAUGGAGAAACGAGCAGAGGUAACGGGCCAACCUGUGACCUUUGAGGACCUCAGCAAACCAUUGCCCACAGAGAACGGUGGUGGACAGAAGCGCAAGUCUAGUGAAGCCAACGACGAUGGCGCAAGCUCUUCCAAGAAGACAAAGGUCAACGCUAGCGCCGAUGGAAGUGAAGGGGAUUCCGCCGAGGCCUCAGACGAGGAUGGUUGA